CUAAAAGGAGGCGAUUCUAACUCCGGCGCCCCUAGUUGAUUUCACCGUCCUAUAUAUUUUAGAGUGCAGGGCUGCCAUCAGCCGAGCCCUGUGUGCGUCUUUCCCUCUAGCUCUUUGUUUGUUUGUUUGGUGUGGGCAAGAGCCAGGAUGGAGAUGGAGAUGGAGAUGAGCCUCGGAGGAGGCAUGGAGUCAGGGGCAGCGUAUCUCUUCACGUUGGUGGCUUUGGUUGUGGGGUUCUUGGUGUACUUCUAUGCUCCCUACUGGGGGGUGAGGAAGGUGCCCGGACCUCCCACCACCCUCUUGGUUGGGCACCUUCCCUUGCUCGCCAAGCAUGGACCAGAUGUGUUCAGUAUCCUCGCCAAGACUUAUGGUCCCAUCUACAGGUUCCACAUGGGUAGGCAGCCUUUGAUAAUAGUCGCGGACGCAGAACUGUGCAAAGAGGUCGGGAUUAAGAAGUUCAAGAGCUUCUCCAACCGAAGCCUGCCUUCUCCCAUAUCUGGAUCUCCUCUCCACCAAAAAGGCCUUUUCUUCACAAGGGAUUCAAGGUGGUCAGCUAUGAAAAACACCAUAAUCUCCAUGUACCAACCUUCCCACUUAGCUAGCCUCAUCCCCACUAUGCAAUCCUACAUAGAGUCUGCAACUCGAAACCUCUCCAAAGCAGUAGAAGCAGAAGAAGACAUCACUUUCUCCGAUCUCUCCCUCGAACUUGCCACCGACGUCAUCGGCCAGGCAGCGUUCGGUGUCGACUUCGGCCUUUCCAAAGAAGGCUCCCCUGGUAAACCUAACAGAGAUGAUGAAGUCUCAGCCUUCAUCAAAGAGCACAUAUAUUCCACCACCUCCCUCAAAAUGGAUCUUUCUGGUUCUUUCUCCAUCAUAUUGGGCCUACUUAUCCCAAUCCUCCAAGAGCCGUUCAGGCAACUCCUCAGACGAAUACCAGGAGCCGCCGACAGGAAGAUGGACCAGACCAACCUAAAACUGAGCAACAGAGUGGGCAAGAUUGUCGCAAAGAGGGCUUGCGAGAAGGAAAGAGGGAGCAACGACUUCUUGUCAUCCAUAUUAAAUGCCAGGGAGUCGGACGGUGCAUCGAGGGACCUCUUCACCUCUGAGUACAUCAGUGCACUGACUUACGAGCACCUUCUUGCCGGGUCGGCAACCACUUCCUUCACGCUGUCAUCGAUUCUUUACUUGGUUUCCCAACAUCCAGAAGUCGAGAAAAAGUUGCUUCAGGAAAUUGAUGCAUUUGGGCCGUGUGAUCUGAUUCCUGCUGCGGAGGACCUUCAGCACAAAUUCCCCUACCUUGAUCAGGUGAUAAAAGAGGCAAUGAGGUUUUUUACAGUGUCACCAUUGGUUGCAAGGGAAGCAUCUCAGGAAGUGAAAGUUGGCGGCUAUGUUCUCCCAAAGGGUACAUGGGUCUGGCUAGCACUGGGAGUCUUGGCCAAAGACCACAAGAACUUCCCGGAGCCCAAUGUGUUCCGGCCGGAGAGGUUCGACCCUGCCUGCGAUGAAGAAAAGCGACGACAUCCCUACGCACACAUUCCGUUCGGGAUCGGACCGAGGGCCUGCAUUGGGCAGAAGUUCUCAUUGCAGGAGAUCAAGCUGUCAGUCAUACAUCUCUACCGCAACUUUGUUUUCAGGCACUCCCCUCAGAUGGAAAGCCCACUGGAAUUCCAAUAUGGCAUUGUGCUUAAUUUCAAGCACGGCGUCAAGCUUCAAGUCAUCAAGAGAUCCACUUUGUAGCAUCUGGAUUUGUGGUUGGUUGUUUGUUGCUCGAUUCUGGGAUCAUAGACUGUGCAACUUGUUCAGUAUUAUUGUUCUUAAACCUAUAAUCAAUGUAAUCAUCAGUAGGCUUUUGUUGAUU